UUCUCUCACCAUCUCGAUUGAACUCCCAGCAAGAAGAAGAGCAGAAGGUCGACGAAGACUGUGACCAAGCAAGAUAUGACAAAGAACUUGUUCCACAGCUGAGCAACUUUAGCAUGAGGAUUCAUAACACAGGAUAUACAGCUGCAAAUAUAAGAUGAAAAUCUCUUUGCCCAUUCCUCUGCAUCCUCGAACAGGGCAUUAUGGAACUGCAAGAAGGAUAUUUCUGUGUUGUAAGUUCCAUCUUUCUCCGCCCUUCCCCACCUCGGUUCUUUUGGAAGAGAGACGCAGGUCUCGGAGCACCAUAUAUUGGCCCGCUCAUUGUUGAGAAUCUUGUCUUUCUUUCGCUACGUGAAGGUCCGGUAUAACCGACAAGAUAAGUUUGAUUUUGAUCGGAGUCUUUGGAGCUCCAAGGAAGGGAUAUUGAUGCAACUUUCAGGAACCUAUAUCAACGAGAAAAUCCAUUUACAAUACGUAUAUUCAAUUUAUGAGGAUCUAAAAGUUGACAAUGAGACGCAUAUAAAAUGGAAUAUCUUUGCAAGAGAGGCCACACACAGAAUAGCUUGAUAGCUUUGAUUUCAAGAGGAUUGCUUAUUUCUUAUUGACAAGAGAACUCUAAUCGUGUAUAACGAUCGAUGAAGUAGUUAAAUAAUCCUGAUCAUGAACGGCAACUCAUAGCCACGAACAGGACCACAGGAUAUCUUACAAUUACAUGGUUCAACAAGAAAAGGGGCAGCCCGUACAAUUCAGUAAUAAUUUGCACCGGCACGAAUAUCAUGAACACAUCCCAUAUAUCAAAGCAUCCUCCCACAAAAAAACUAACGAUUGGCCUGAAGGAAGUAAUGCUGGUAGAAAACUAACGAUCUGGGCAGCUGGGCAUGUGCGAUGACCUAUUACCAUUAUGACGAAGCAAAACGUAAAGCAUCAAAAAGUUCGGGGGGAUUUGAUUCGUUCCAUAAUGCCCUGUUCGAGGAUGCAGAGGGAUGGGCAAAGAGAUUUUCAUCUUAUAUUUGCAGCUGUAUACCCUGUGUUAUGAAUCCUCAUGCUAAAGUUGUUCAGCUGUGGAACAAGUUCUUUGUCAUAUCUUGCUUGGUCGCAGUCUUCGUCGACCCUCUGUUCUUCUUCUUGCUGGGAGUUCAAUGGGAUAAUAAGUGCAUAGUUUUGAACGGAACCAUGACCACGACAAUAGUUGUUUUCAGAUGCGUGACUGAUUUCAUGUACAUCCUUCACAUACUUCUUCAGUUUAGGUUGGCCUAUAUAGCUCCUGAGUCAAGCGUGGUUGGUGCCGGAGAUUUGGUCGACAAUCCAAAGGAAAUCGCCCUCAAUUACCUGCAAGGGUAUUUCUUCAUAGAUCUCUUCAUUGCAAUACCGCUCCCUCAAAUUAUGAUAUUGUCGAUUCUACCACAAUUCAAGGGAUCAUCUGCUGCAUACUAUGCCAAAACCCAUUUAAGUGCAGCUGUUUUUGUUCAAUUCAUUCCUCGAUUGUAUAGAAUUUUGACUAUGCGUGGUGGUCAGUCUUCGACUGGCUUCAUUAUCGAGUCAGGAUGGGCCUACUUCAACAUGAAUCUCCUUGCAUACAUGUUGUCCAGCCACGUUAUUGGAUCAUGCUGGUACCUUUUUGAGUUGCAGCGGGUCAAUCAAUGUCUUCGAGAUGGAUGCCACCCUGUCGAUAUGUGUAACUUCAUGGAUUGUGGACACGGGGAUGAGUUUCAUAAUUUCAGCUCCAAUAUGACGAGAUGGAAUCUUUGGAAAAACAAUAUAAACGCUGCUAACUGCUUUUCCAGAGAUGGUUUCGAUUAUGGAAUUUAUCUUAAGGCCGUCAAUCUUACCACGAAAGAUAGCAUUGUCACGGGAUAUGUCUACUCAUUAUUUUGGGGAUUCCAGCAAAUCAGCACUCUAGCUGGAAAUCAAGCUCCAAGCUAUUUCAUCAGGGAGGUCUUGUUCACCAUAUUAGCCCUCUUGCUGUUUGGUCUUCUUAUCGGGAAUAUGCAGGACUUUCUGCAGGCUCUUGGAAGAAGGAGGUUAGUGAAGCCAUUGAGAAACCGUGAUGUCGAGCUGUGGAUGAGGCACAGGCGCUUGCUGGAAGAGCUGCAAAGGAGAGUUCGUCAAGCUGAGAGGUACAACUGGGCUGCCACUCGAGGAAUAGACGGGGAAGUGAUGUUAGAGAAUUUACCAGAGGAUCUUCAGAGAGACAUACGACACCAUCUAUUCGAAUUUAUGAAGAAGGUACGCAUAUUUAAGCUCCUGGAUGUUCUGAUCUUAGACACGAUCUAUGAGAAGUUGAGGCAUAAGACGUACAUCCAAGGAAGCAAGAUCUUGAGCCGUGAUGGCCUGGUCAAAAGAAUGACGUUCAUUAUGCACGGGAAAAUGCUGAGCGAGGGAGAAGACGGGGUCGUGGGUCUUGGUGGAGGGGAUGUUUGUUGCGGAGAGGAGCUUCUGGCAUGGUGCCUUGGGAAUUCUUCUCCAAACAAAGAUGGGAAGAGAAUAAGAGUACCUGGGCAGAGGCUGCACAGUAAUAGGACGGUGAAGUGCUUGACGAAUGUGGAAGCUUUUGCCCUCGAAGCAACUGACCUUGAAGAAGUCACAAGGCUCUUCGCAAGGUUCUUACGGAAUCCUCAGGUUCAAGGAGCCAUAAGGUAUGUAUCGCCCUACUGGAGAAGCUUUGCAGCAACUGGAAUCCAAGUUGCGUGGAGAUAUAGGAAGAAAUGUAUAACUCGCGACACCAAUUCUCGGUCCCUACGCUCUACCAAGUAAAACUCAUGUACUUAAGUCUGCGAAGAAUUUGAGAGAGGCUAUUAUAUCGGGCUUCUAGCAGCUCCUAUAACAGCAAAAUGUGAGAACAUGUCAGGUAGGAUCUUUAAAUUGCAUUCAUAUUCUAUAUAUUUCAGGAUACCGAAAUUGUUGUUUAGAUCAGUUGUUCGAGUCAGUCCUUGUUUAUUAAACUUCGAUGCUAAAGGUGAAA